AUGUAUACCGAAGGUCUACUUCCGUUUCUACUUGUUUUGUCUGCUUAUACAGCGAAUAGCGUACAAGUAGGUGUUAUCAAAAAUGUUCGUCUAGUACCAUCUGGAACGAUAAUAAAUACAACGUAUCACACAUGUCUCUGUAUCUUAGUAACAUCGAGCCAGAAUAUUCAAGGUUUCAACUAUAACUCUCAAAAUGAUACAUGUGCACUUUUCACAAAUUAUUCGUCUUCAUUCAUUUAUAUUCUACAAAAUGAUUCGGAUAGCACAUUCUAUUUUCGCCAAUUACCGCCUGUCAUAAGCAUGAAUACUAACUACUCAACAAUACAAACACAGUUAACUACUGUUCUAACAAAUGCUGCGGCAACAACAAUAAAAACGACUACUACCAAGUUGUUUAAUGCUGGCAAGUUUUUUUAUGUGAAUAAACCUACCACUGCAAGUUCACUGCCUGUAAUUUCAAUCUUUUGGCCUUUUGAUAAUAGUGCCAAAGAUCUGAACAAUGUGUACGCUACUAAUUUCAGCGGCAUAACAUAUUCUGCCCUUGGCAUCACUGGUUAUGGAGCAGCUUUGUCUCUGACUUACUCAGCAACAUCUUACGUGAUGGUAUCGACUCCUUAUGUUAACCUUCGUAAUCGAAGUUUCACCAUAGAUCUAUGGGCUAAUCCAGCAUCGGGAAUGUCUGCUAAUGAUUAUCCAUUUGUGGUCAUAUGUCAAACAACAUCACCUAAUUAUAGGUGUUUGCAAGCACUGCUUCGUAGUGGUAAACCGAUGCUCACAUUGUACUACUCGGAUUGCGAAAGCUCAAGAAGUGUCAAAAGUAGUACUUGGAUACAUCUCGCCUUCAUUUACGAUUACGCGUCGAACACAAUGAGUCUCUACGUUAAUGGAUAUCUUGAUACAAAUUGCAGUUCAGUAUCUCCUUUCCAAGGAACACCGAAUACCACAUUAAUUAUAGGUGGAGCAAAAGUCCUUAAGAUGUACUAUGAAGGCUUGAUUGAUCAGCUCUCAGUAGUGACACGAGUCAAAAGUGCCAGCGAAAUCUUAGACACAGCUACUCUUGUUGUCUACUAUUCUUUUAUCAAUCAGAACCUACUCGAUUCUGGACCUAAUUUGAUUAAUGGCACUGGAAUCAAUACGACUUUCACAGCUGGACGUGUAGACGAUGCAAUUGUCUUCAACGGGACAGCAUCGUACAUACAAAUAAAUAAUCUUAUACUACUUGGUACUACAGGUUGGCCAUAUUCAUUUGCAUUUUGGAUUUAUCCUUAUUCGACACAAAACGGGACACUUAUUCAUAUGUAUAUGCCAACUGCGGCAACAAUACAGUGUAUUCCAAUCCUUGGUUUCACUUCGUCGGGUUCACUUGUUGCUCAAUCAUGGAAUGCAACGCAAAUCUUGACUAUACAUGGACCGGUUAUUAGCUCAAAUAGCUGGAUUCAUAUUGCACACACAUAUUCAUCAAAUGGUAGUAUUCGUUUGUACGUCAAUGGUUCGCUUGUAGCUAUUAGUACUGCGACAUCGCCAAAUUCAACACUUUCGCCUCCUGUUACUGUAAUAGUUGGACAUUGUGGUAAUACAACUCUUUGUUCUUGUUCGUCGGGUGCCGUCGUGCCCGGGCAAUACCGUGGAUUGAUGGAUGAAUUUCGAAUCUAUUCGCGUGCAUGCAAUGCUAGUGAAGUAUAUGCGCUAGCCAAUCCUUGA